GGGAGGGAGGGAGAUGUUUCCACCUUCUCUCUAGCAGGAAAUGAAGAGGACUGGCUCACUGCAGGAAGGACCUGAGAAGGAGUCGAGGCGGGGGUCUUAGAGCAGAGGCAAAGCAGGUACAGGACUUAACGUUCGUCCCCCUCUUGCUGGAUUCGAGCCUGUCCUGAUUGUUGUGGAUCUUGGUUCUGUCUUCUGUGGGGCUCACGCUUUCUCUGCCCAUGCCACCUGCUUUGUGUCAUCUGCAGAUCUGAUAAGUAUCUCCUCUGCUCUCUCCUCCUGUUCAUUUAUGAAAAUGUGGAGGGCAUCUAGGGUCAGUGAAGCUACUGUAUACUGAGUCGGUCCAUUGGCCCAUCUGACUCAAUAUUGCCAACUCUGAUAAUUUGGUAGCAGGUCUCCAGGGUUUUUUCAGCAGUGCCGCCCAGGAUUGAACCUGGGACCUUCUGCGUGCAAAGCAGAGGCCCUACCAGCCAAUUCUGCUGAGCUGAUGGAGGCGGGGACACCAGACAGAAAAUGCCAGAGGAUCCGAUGGCAGAUCCGACCUGUGGGCGUAAAGUUGCCAACCCCUUACGGCGAUGAAUUUCUGCAGCAAAGCAUGUUGGGACGCACAGAUGGCAUGGCUCGGGGAGAAAUGAUGACGUGGGCAUGGUCUUUCCUCAACCAAUCCAGUUCCUGUGGGUGGUUCCUCCCAGGGCAUGUCUCGGUAUAAAAUCGUUGCUCUCCAGACGGGUGACAGUCAACCAGAUGGAAGAUGGCAGGCGUGAGGCUCAUCCUUAUCCUUUUGGGAUUUCUUCUGACUGUGAAGACUUUUCAUUCGGCAGAUCCUACUUCCCAUGCAAAGAAACUCAGGACCAUAACCCUUCUGAAGAACGUGCAGAAAGCGAAGAAACUGGUCAAUGCGGCCUACAAGUGCACCCGGGAGAGUUUCAAUGACAAACUGAGAGCAGCCCGUGGGGCAAACCAGGAUGGCCGUUCGAGCUGCCGACUGCAUGCACGUUGCCCUGGCCCUCCUGAAGGAGAAGCUACAGAAGAAGAUCCCGUGGAAUUUCAACAUCACAGAUCUGCUCACUUCCGCCCAGCUGCGCACCAUCUACAUGGCCACUGGAUGCGGCCAGCAGGAGGAGAUGACAGUGCAGUGCAAUGCCACCAGCCCCUACCGGACCAUUACGGGAGAAUGCAAUAACCUAAGGAUCCCGACACUGGGGGCUUCCAACCGGCCCUAUGCCAGGUGGCUUCCGCCGGAGUACGAAGACGGCAUCUCCCUCCCUCACGGCUGGACAGAAAAUAAGCGUUAUUUUGGAUUUCCUCUCCCUUUGGUCCGGAAGGUGUCCAAUGAGAUCGUUUGCUUUCCCAAUGACAAGGUCACCAAUGACCGGGGCCGGUCGGUCAUGUUCAUGCAGUGGGGCCAGCUUCUGGACCACGACAUGGACUUUGGACCGAGCUCCACGACUACCCUCACCUUCAUGAGUAAGAUCAACUGUGGGACCAGCUGCGCGAAAGAACUCCCGUGUUUCCCCAUCAAGAUCCCUCCCGACGACCCCCGGAUCAAAAACCAGAGCAACUGCAUCCCCUUUACCCAGUCAGCCCCUGCGUGCAAUGGAGGCUAUGCCAUCCAGAACCAGAUCAACGUGCUCAUGGCCUUUAUUGAUGCCAGCAUGGUCUACGCCAGUGAAGAGCGGUGGGCCAAUCAGCUGCGGAAUCUGAGCAGCAACCUGGGCCUCUUGAAUGUGAACCAGAACUUCACGGAUAAAGGACAGGCCUAUCUCCCCUUCGGCAACCCGGACGGCUUCACGGAGCUCUGCAACCGGACCAACCCCGAGUUGAAGAUUCCUUGUUUUUUUGCAGGGGACAACCGGGUCAGCGAAAUGCCAGGCCUGAUGGUCCUCCAAACUAUUUUCUUCCGGGAGCACAACCGCGUGGCCACGGAGCUGAAGAGGCUGAAUCCGCUGUAUAAUGGAGAGCAACUCUAUCAGGAAACCCAGAAGAUCAUUGGCGCCAUAAUGCAGAAAAUUACCUACACUAAAUACCUGCCCUGGCUUCUCGGCAAUCGCUUAACUCGUUCUUAUGGCUGAGCUCCCUACCGAGGCUACGACGAUUCGGUGGAUCCUCGGAUCGCCAGCAUCUUCACCAUCAUGUUCCGGUUCGGGCACUCCCAGGUCAGAAACUUUGUGUUCCGUGUGAACAGCAGUUACCAGCUUGAGAGCCAGACACCUCUCAACCAGGAAUUUUUCGCUUCCUGGAGAAUCAUACAAAAAGGAGGCAUUGACCCGAUGAUGCGAGGCCUCUUGAUGACGCCAGCCAAGCUGUUAAAGCCAGGCGAGAUGGUUGUGGAUGCUCUCCGGGACCGGCUCUUCGAACAGGUUUUUCGGAUCGGUCUGGAUCUCCCCGCCCUGAAUAUGCAACGCGGCCGGGAUUUUGGCCUCGCAGGGUACAAUGCCUGGAGACGGUUCUGCGCCUCACAGCCUUGCAAUGAAGCGGAACUUGGGAGGGUCCUUCAAAACCCCCAACUGGCCAGGAAGUUCAUCCAACUGUACGGGACGCCCGACAACAUUGACAUCUGGAUCGGGGGACUGGCCGAACCCCUCGUACCCAACGGCCGGGUGGGGCCUCUCAUGGCGUGCAUCCUUCAAAUCCAGUUCCGGAAACUCCAUGAUGGGGACAGGUUCUGGUGGGAAAAUCCGGGCCUGUUUACCAGUGCUCAGCGUGCGGCCAUCAGCAAGGUCUCUUUCUCCCGCCUCAUCUGUGACAACACAAGUAUCCGAAAGGUGCCCCGCUCGAUUUUCAGUGUCAGCCGAUUCCCUAGGGACUUUGUCGACUGCAGCAGUGUUCCAAGAUUCAGCCUCUUCCCCUGGAAAACAAAGUGGUAAGAACACGUAUGGGCUCCA